AUGGUGGCUUCGGCUAGUGCCAGCAUAUUCAACUUGGAAAACAAUGUUAUAUCCACGACUUUCGGAUUCGAUCAUCAGGAAGGUCCAAACGAUGCUGACAACAAUGCAAAUGAGAGCCAACCUGUUAUUCUGAUAGAUCAUAAUGACUUCAAUCAGAAUAUUUCUGUCGAAAAGAUUGAUACACUUGUCGAUGGCAAUUCCAUUCCGGCUUCCAUCACUACUCUAUCCUCGUGUCGCAUAAUGAUCUAUUCCAAAACCUUUGAUGGGCACUACGAGGUGUUUGAAAGCAUUGCUCGAAAGUAUCCCUUGCCUUUUUCAUCGACGACCAAGUGUCAAAAUGCCGGAUUGACGCCAGGAAAUCCCAUCGUCGUUGACUUUGUCAUGCCCUUUCAAUGGCAAGGUGGAUACAAGGAUGAAGACUCGAACAAUGUCGCUGCAAAAAAACAGAAAAAAGGAAAAAAGAAUACUAGUGGUGGCAAGAAAAAGAGCUUCCAGCAAUCCGAAGGAUGGGGUUGGACGGCAUACUAUAAGCAACACUUGCAGAAUUCCACGGCGCAACGAAUCCUCCGGAACGAGAAUGAUGAUGUUAGAUAUAUUUACUAUGCUGAUGUCUUAGGAUUGGACAAGCGGUCCUUUCAGAGCAUCUCAUGGAAAUCCUACUCCUUUGUAAUUGAGGCCAGCUGUGACAUGUGGGGUAACCAGUUUUGGAAGGAUUGGUUGGCAAAAGACAAGAAACGACAUUUCUGUGUCUUUCAUCGCAAACAUGAAAAGACCAACCUCGCCAAGAGCACAGAGAAAAGGACCUGUUAUCUAAACCCUCAGUUUGAACGGGAUCAUCACUGUUGGUUCUUGCCGUCAGUUUACCCAAAGUUUCCAAAACCAACAGCACCAUUCACCGAAGCGAAUCCAAAACUCAACAUUUGCAUUGGAUGGAAAUCCAUGGGAAAAGGCACACAUUACCUUCGAGACGAGUCUCUACUGGUACAAGCACUAACCAACAUGCAGACUUCCUCAAGCAACAAUGAUCAAGGAGACAUUCGAGAGAGACUUCAAGUAUUGGUCAUUGGUCGCAAUGCACGCGUUCCAGAAGCCUUUGUCCAAGCAAAAAUGGCUACAAUGGUACAAGUGCACAAUAAUAUGGUCGCAUUCUAUGACUAUCAACAGUUGAUUGCCACCAAGUGUCACGCAUUGAUUCCUUUGGUCCAUCCCGAACAAACUGCCUACUUUUUGACUUUGCCAAAGAUGAGUCCAGGCGACGACAGUGGAUCCAAGACCAAACACAAUGGUCAGGGUCGUCUAUCGGGAAUGAUUGCCCAAGUGAUUGGAAACCACAUCCCCAGUCUAAUUCAUGCCGCUGUCGCCGACAUUUAUCAGCAUGAGCUCACCGCUCCCUAUUUUGUAUACAAUUCCACCAAAGAUGGAGGCAAGGCAUUUCAGUUUGCUUUCGAAGGUUUGAUUGAUUAUUAUUCCAAUCGAUCGCUUGGUCACGGUAUGGGUUCUUGA